UUGAUCAGUGAAUUAGUUAUUUAGUUGAGUGAUAGCGCAGUUAGCUAGCUGAUUAAUUAGCUAGCAAUGGCGACCUCGAUGGCUCGCCGAUUCGUGGUGGCGGCGUGCGUCGCGGCCAUGGCGUUCGCUCUCUUGGCAGCGCCCAGCAGCGGGCAGCUGGACCCGCACUUCUACGACAAGGCGUGCCCGGCGGCGCUCCCCACCAUCAGGAGGGUGGUGGAGGAGGCCGUGGCGGCGGAGCCGCGCAUGGGCGCCUCGCUCCUGCGCCUGCACUUCCACGACUGCUUCGUCAACGGGUGCGACGGCUCGAUCCUUCUGGACGACACUCCCUUCUUCACCGGCGAGAAGAAGGCCUCGCCGAACGUCAACUCCGUCCGCGGCUUCGACGUGAUCGACCGCAUCAAGGCCGCCGUCAACGCCGCCUGCAGGGGCAACGUCGUCUCCUGCGCCGACAUCGUCGCCGUCGCGGCACGUGACUCCGUCGUCGCGCUGGGAGGGCCGUCGUACAACGUGCCGCUGGGCCGCCGGGACGCGCGCACGGCGAGCCAAUCGGCGGCGAACAACAGCAUCCCAGCGCCGACUUUCAGCCUCGAUCGCCUCGCCUCCAGCUUCGCCUCGCACGGCCUCUCGCUCCAGGACCUCGUCGUGCUCUCGGGCGGCCACACGCUGGGCUUCUCCCGCUGCACCAACUUCCGGGACCGCCUCUACAACGAGACCGCCGCGCUGGACGGCCCCCUCGCGGCGUCGCUCCGGGCCGUGUGCCCGCGCGCCACCGGCGGCGGCGACGACAACCUGGCCCCGCUCGACCCGACGCCCGCGCGGUUCGACGGCGCCUACUUCGCCUCGCUGCUGCGGCGCAGGGGCGUGCUGCACUCGGACCAGCAGCUGUUCGCCGGCGGCCUCGGCGCCACCGACGCGCUCGUGCGGUUCUACGCCGCGAACCCGGACGCGUUCAGGAGGGACUUCGCGGAGGCCAUGGUGAGGAUGGCCAGCCUCGGCCCGCUCACCGGGGCCAGCGGCGAGAUCCGCUACGACUGCAGGAAGGUGAACUACUCUUGAGAGAGCAGGCUGGAGCCUGUGGUGUAAAGUGUGCUGUCCAAUCCAGAACUGUCGUCGUGUCAAACAGGGUGCUUAAAGUUCAGUUACAUUUUCUACACGUCCUGAGAUUAGGAUUUUAUUUGUAAUUUAUGCUUCAUCUUGUGUUGUACCACGCUUUGAAUCAUAAGUGUU